AUGUUUGAGAAGACAUAUUUGAAUGUUCCAUGUUGUAGAAAUGCGGAAUUUGAGUUUAAUUGUGAGAAAAAUAUCUAUGAAAACUAUGUUAAUCCACUUUUUGGAAAUAUGGAUGAAAAAAACUAUGUACAAGCAAAAAGUCCGGACUGUACUCUUUUGAGUAAUCCUUCUUAUAUUCCUGUGAAAGAUUUUUCGUCCGUUCCUAGCAAUAGUUCUUCAUCUUUAGAUGUUCGUCAGGGAUAUGAAUACAAAAAUAGUUCUUUUUCUGUAGAAACAGUAUCAUUAUCUGAUGUUGUUUUGAAAAGUACAGGUGAAAGUCAACAAUCAUUUAAUGCUUAUUCUGGUUUCAAUUCAUCUUAUCAAAGGAAUAACUUAGGAAGUACAACAACUGAAAUGAAAGAAAAUUUUACUUUUACUUCGGAUAUGCAUGAGAUUAAUUUUCCUGCUCCAUAUAUAUUAAAUAUUUUUGGGAUACCGGAAAAAUCAAGGGUUGAGACCCAGGUUAAGCUAGAAAUGAAACUAUCAUACAAUUUUCUUUUAAAUUCAUCACCAGUGUCUUCAUAUUCAUGGUUUAAGCUUCCAAGAUGGAGUAUUACGAAAGAGAAAUUAAAAUUACCAAAUUUAAAAGAUAUCCCUAAAAAUAUAGAUCCAGAAAAAAUAUUAAUAAUAGAACCUAGUGUUGUUUGUGCUAGUGAUGUUAAAAAAAGCGUUUUGAUUUGUUCCGGAUGUAUUAUACGCGAGCGUAAACGGGCUAUAAGAAAAAGAAGAAAUAAAAGCUCAGUAGAAUCAUCUAGUGGGAAUUAUACUAAAGAUGGGGCUCUUAUACCUAUAGAAGAUGAAGAAAAAAAAAUUAUUGUAUUUAACCAUCCUGAGCUUUCUGAAUUUAAAAAUAACUGCAUAAAUAUACCAACAAGAAUAACAUGUUAUUGUAGACAUCAUAAAGAAAAUAUAGGAUUUAGGAUUUUAAUAAAUUUAAAAGAUAACAAAGAACGAUUAAUUGCAUCGACAUUAUCUCGAUCAUUUAUGAUAACUGAUGAUCAUAAAACCAACGCAAAAGCGAAAAUAAAAGAAAUGAAUAGACUACAUUCAACAUUAAAUUUAUUGCCGCAAUUUUUGAAUCUUGCAGGUUGUAAUUCUCAAAAAUGGAAAAAUACUGCUCCUAGAGGACAAUUGCAUAAAAAAAUUCAAAAAAUUCCUAAACAAUUAUCAACAGAAAAAUCGAAAUCAAAGGCUGAUAUGCAAAAACUUGCUUAUUCUUCAUUAGAUUCUAUAACAAAUAAUUGUGUAUCUCAUAGUACAUCUGAAGAUGGCUUUUUUGAUUUUUCUGCUGAGAAUUUGAUUAAAUCAGCUCCUACUUCUUUAAUUUAUGUCCAUAAAAAUAUCUCUCAUGAAAAUAUUUCUCAUAAAAAUGAACCGUAUAUAAUUCGUGAUAGAUUUGUUGAAUCUACUUCAAUUGAGGAUCUUUUUAUGUCUGAAAACGCUUUAGAAACAGAUUCUGGCAUUUUAUCUCGAGAAUCUCCAUUUAUUUCUGAUGAAGAUUCUACUUUAGAAAUGACUUGUCAUGCACCAUAUAUUGCUUCUGAAUCUAGUUUAUUCAAAUUUUCAGCACAACCUCAACGGUUUAAGAAAAGAUUUAAAGGGAAUGUUAGUCAAAUGAGUCUUCCGAAUCAAAUAGAUAUCUCUAUGCCAAACAUUUUACCAAUUGGAUUAUCUUCAAAUCCUGAUGAUAUUCCAACGAUUAACUAUAUAGUUCCCUCUGAAGGUCCUAUGCAUGGUGGAAUUGAAAUUACUGUAUUAGGAACAGGCUUUUAUUCUGGUUUAGUAUGUACAUUUGGUGAUAAUUCUGCAACUUCUACACAUUGUUGGAGUCCUACUGUUAUAGUAUGUACUUUACCUCCUAGUUCUAUUCCAGGAUCUGUUAUUGUCAAAUUCAAAGAUCAUGAUUUGGCUAAUUCUAGUGUUAAAAAUAAAAAAUAUUUUACAUACAAAGAUGAUAAUGAUCGUACAUUAAUGGAGUUGGCUCUGCAAGUGGUUGGCUUAAAAAUGACAGGGAAAUUAGAAAAUGCUCGAACUGUUGCUAUGAAAAUUUGCGGAUUAAUGCCUAAUAAUUCUUAUGAAUCUAAUUUAAUACCACAACAAUUGAGUAUAGGAUUGUCUUUAGCCAGCUCAGAAAUGGCUGCAAAAGGUUCAUUAGCCUUCGAUUUUCAUAGAGCUAAUUAUUACUUUGAAACAAUGUUUUUGCAAUCUAACAAUUUUCUAAAUUUAAAGCAAACAUCUAACGCAUUUUAUUUAUUGUAUCAGGAUAGACCGAAUCAGAUAUUAUUACAUCUUACUUAUAUAGAAAAAAUUCAGAGAUACAUAAUAGAAUUGUUUUCUCAAAAAUAUUAUUUUAGAACUAUAAAGCAUUCUGAUUAUAAACUUAUUCAUUGUUUAAGUUUGAAAAAGAUAAAUAGUAUUGAAAGGGUGUUUAGAAAUACUGGUGAAAAUGAAGCUAUUUAUAUGAUAUUGUAUAAGAAAAUAUUUAAUUUAACAUAUCCAAAUGAUUAUCUCGAAAUAUCCAACUUUUUACGAUUAUCUAGAAAUCAUAUAGAUUAUAUUAUCGUUAAAUUAAUUUUAGGAUGGUUAUGUACCAAUAAUUCUUUAGUUAAGAAACGAUCAACAAUAUCAUCAAGUGUUAUUGUUAAUACUUCCAAUGAUGAGUUUUUUGAUAAUUUUUUCUUAACUAAAGAGAGCAAAUCAUUUUUUAUUAAAAACCAGUUUAAUAAAAAGAAAUCAUCUAAGCUUCAAAUAAAACAAAGUGUUCAAAAAACUAGUCUAGAUUCUUAUACUAGUGAUAAAUUAUCAAUAGUAUCAUCUUUUUUUACUGAACUUAUAUUAAAUGAUCAGCAAGAUAAUAAAGUUGUAGAAUUUAUAGAUAGUACGAAUGAAAAAACUGAAGAUGGGAUAUUUACAGUUUAUAGUUUUUCAGAAUUUUUAACAUCUGCAAAGGCAAAAUUAGCUUCUUUAUUUAUUCCAAACAUACUUCGUAACUCUAUUUUUCCGCAAUUUCUAGAAUUUAGUCAAUUUUGUCCUAUAACUACUUUUAAUUCUUUUAUUCAGCAGUAUCCUCAUAGUAAUAAAAAACUUUCUUACUCUGAGUCUCCAAAUGCGAUAGAAAAUGACAUUCAAUACAAUUGGCGGCAACUUUUGAUAUAUGGUCCGCCUCCUCCAUAUUCUGAAAUUUCAACAGAUGAAAAUAUUUCUAAACUUUCAUUUAAUGAUUUUACAGAUCAUGUUUUGCUUCAGGAUAAGUCCCAAUGGCAUUUUUUUAAAUGGCAGUCAAAGACAUUUUCGAAAUUUGGUACCAACGAAUUGACAUUAGAACAACAGCGGUCUAUUAGAGAAUAUGCAAAAAUAAUACAGGAAAUAGAAAGAGAUAGAAUGCUGUAUUUAUUUUGGCUUCCUGUCUUAGUAGUUCUUUUAUUUCUUACUACUUUAAACUGGGUACAGAAAAAUAAUUAUAUUGAAAUUGAUGAUUUGAAAAUUGUAUCAUCUCUUGCUUGA